AUGUCCCUUUUACGCGAAGCGGAGAGGUGCCUCGUAAACCAACAUGCACAUGCCCUCAACGCCUUCAUAACUCCGCUGCCCCGCGCGGGGCAAUGGAUCGAUCGCGUGAAGGAAGCAGACCAACGCCGCGAACAAGGAACCCCCAAAUCCGCCGUUGACGGACGCUUGAUCUCGAUCAAGGAUAAUAUCUGCACACGCGAUCUACCAACAACCUGCGCCUCAGGCAUUCUGGACAAAUUCACCAGCCCAUACAAUGCCACCGUUGUCGAUCAAUUAGCGGCUGCCGGGGCUGUGGUUGCUGGAAAGACCAAUCUCGAUGAAUUUGGGAUGGGAUCGCACUCAGUGCAUUCGCGGUUCGGCGCUGUAAAGAACUUGCGACGGGAUCGGGAUGGAGAGGAGCUUUCCGCUGGCGGAAGUUCAGGUGGGAGUGCGGUGGCUGUUGCUUCAGAACAGUGCUACGCUGCCCUUGGAACGGACACUGGAGGCUCCGUCAGACUUCCGGCGGCGUACACAGGAACCGUUGGGUUUAAACCCUCGUACGGGGUACUCUCACGAUGGGGUGUGGUAGCAUAUGCCAAUUCCUUGGAUACAGUAGGAAUUCUGGGGAGGAACACCUCCAGCGUGAGAGACGUCUUCUCCAUCCUAAACAAACACGACGCCCGCGAUCCAACCAACAUCACAUCCUCCUCACGCUCCCGAAUCCUCUCCCACCUCCAAACGCCACGACUCGCCUCCCGACUAACAUCAUCCCCUCUCCGCAUCGGCGUCCCGCUAGAAUAUAACAUCUCCGAGCUCACACCCUCUAUCCGCCGAGCAUGGCUCCUAUCCCUAGCCCACCUCCAAGAACAAGGACAUACCAUUCACCCCGUCUCUCUACCAGCAACCAAACACGCCCUCUCCGCAUACUACGUCCUCGCACCCGCAGAAGCAUCCUCGAAUCUCGCCAAAUACGACGGUGUCCGAUACGGAACUCGUACCGAGGGACCGGACAGCACUGGAGAGAAAGAUGGCUAUCUCUACGCUAACACGCGUGGCGCUGGUUUUGGCGCAGAGGUCCAGCGUCGUAUCCUCCUCGGCACGUUUAGUUUGAGUGCGGAUGCGAUGGAUAAUUAUUUCAUCCAGGCGCAGCGGGUGCGUCGACUCGUUCAGCAGGAUUUCAAUGCCGUCUUUGCGGCUGCGCAUCCAUUCGCUGCGACUGAGGCGUCGGAGACAGAUCGUCCCGCAGAUGCGGAAGUCGAUGUCAUCGUUUGUCCUACCGCGCCGUCAGCACCACCGCGGAUUUCUGAUGUCUCGGCUAGCUCGUCGUCCUUGGAUGCAUACGUGAAUGAUGUUUUCACGGUUCCGGCUAGUCUGGCUGGAUUGCCUGCUAUUUCGGUGCCCGUGACUGUGGCCGAGUCUGAGCAGAAUCCUGGUGCGGAUGAGGUGGCUGGUAUUCAGGUGAUUGGUCAGUAUGGCGAUGAUGAGUUGGUGAUGAGGGUUGGUGAGUUGCUGGAGGGGAGGAGGUUGGAUGGUUAG